ACAAGUGGAUGCGUCUCAAAGGUGAAAUUCUUGUUGAUAAUAAAGUUUAAUGAAAAGAAUGGAUUGAUAACAACAUGGCAACACUCGCUAUUCAAAAUAUUAUUAAAGAGGUUGAAAAAGUACCGUCGGAAAACGGUACAGUUGAUAAUUGCUCUAAAACUAAUAAUGAAACACUUGUUGCUAUGUCUUCUGAAAAUGUUGAGGCUUCUGUUAUAAAAUUUUCGUCCGAUGACAGUGGUAUUUUAUGUAAAAAUGAUAGCCAAACUUCAAGUUCAAUUAGUAUCAAAAGUGUAGAGUUAAAUGAUGGGGAAAGUAAAGAAUCUCAGAAAACAACUAUGGACAAAUGUUCUCAAAAUACUGAAACCAACAAUUGUUCAUUAAAAUCUAGUCAAACGUCUUCAAAUAAGGAUGAUCAUUUAAGUGUUGCAAAUAUCAGUUCAAGUUGUACAUCAAGAAGCCAAAGCGUCAAUAAUGAUGAUGAAAAUUCAUGUUCAUUUGUAGAAUCCACAUCUACUGUGCAAAUAAGCCAACGUCCUGUGAACGAAUCAGAAGAUGAGAGCAAUCAUGCAUCCAGUUCCAGAUGCUUUAGCAAAAACAGUUCUCCACAAAAAAACAGCCAAAACACAAUAUCUUCCAAAAGCAGCCAGAGCCCUUGUUCUAAUUUUACAGAAAAUAGCAAUUCUUGUUCUUCUAUAAGAAGAUCAGUUUCAAGAUCUCCUGCUAAAACAAGUCAGUCUGUAAGUUAUAAAUCAGAUGAUGAUGCCUCAAGGUCUAGUUUCAGAUCAUCCAAAAAAAGUACACAAGAAAAAUGCAGCCAAAGUGUUACUAGCGAUAUGACAGAAGAUAAUAAUUCUUGUUCAUCUAUAAAAAGUUCAAGUUCUAGAUCAACGAUUAAAAAUAGUCAACCUAUAUCCGACGAACAUGAUAAUGAGCCCAUUUCAAGAUCUAGUUUUACCUCAACUAAUAAUAAAAACACCCCAGAAAAGACUAGCGAUGAAAAGGGCAAUAAGAAAAAAAAAUAUUUUAAUAUUAUUGACUCUGAUUUUGAAGAUGAAAAUACCACAUUGGAAAAUUUGAAAGCUGAUAAUGAUAAUAAUCAACCUCAACAAAAAGUUAAUAUUUCAAAAAAGAAAAAUAAUAGGAAACUAAUUGAUAGUGAUUCUGAUGAAGAAAUAAUUUCAGUCAAUAAAACUUUAAAAAAUAAUGAUGAUGACAGUGAUAGUAGCAGUAAAAAAAAAGAGUCCAAUAUACCUAAAAAACCAAGCAAAAUCAGCUCCAUUAUUGACUCUGAAUCUGAAAGUGAUGGGGAGUCUAGAAACUACAAUGGGAAUGAAAAUUCAAAAAUUAUACAGAAAAAUAACAAAUUAAGUCUCCUAGUAGAUUCAGAUUCUGAAAGUGACAGAGACCAAACUUCAGAGCAUAUACAUAAAAAUUAUUCUGACAAUGAGGAUGAUAGUGAAAAACUUACAAAGGGGAAGAUAAAAUUGGCAAAAAAGAGGACUGGCUCUGCUCGAGCUUCAAAAGACUUAGCAAUGCAUCAAAUCCAUAGUGAAACUCAAAGAUUAAUCCGAGAGUCACAAGUAUCAUUACCAUAUCACAGACCCAAACAACGAACUUUAGAAGAAUUUUUGAACAGAAAGAAAACCUCAACAAACUUACCAAAAAAUGUUACAAAUGCUGAAAGGAUUAAAAUGUUCCCUGAAUUAAUAAGCAAAGUUGUUAAAGAAAAAGAAAAGGAAGCUGAAGAUUUUUACCAAUCAUCAGAUUCCGAGGAAGAUGAUAAAAAUGAUACAACAAUGGAAGUAGACCAGAUUGAUGAUGACAAUAAGAUUGAAAAAAACAUUCAGGAUAAUGAAGAUCCUGAUUCAAUUAAGAUUUUUUUUACUCAGAAAUUGACACAAGAUGAUAUACAAGAGUCUCACAAUAAAAAGGAAAUAUUACUACAAAGAACUGUAGAUUUUGGAGCUACAAGAAAAUUAUUUGUGGAUGAUGCUAUAGAAGCAUCUGCAAAAGCUCAAAUAGUUGAAGAAAAUUUGACUAUAGUUGAAUCUGCAAUCAAAAAUAAAGACUUAAGUGUUUCUAGGAAGUUGUUUUCGGAUGAUACAGAAAAUAUGGAUGUUAAUGAAGAUACAAACAAUCAGAAUGUAUCAAUAUUAGAGAAAAAAAAUGAAAAAGAGGGAAAAAAUAGCAAUGAAAACAUUAAUUCAUAUAAAAAAAUCACUGAGCUUGAGAACAGCAGCGAAGACAUUGAACUAAAUAUGUCAGAAACUGAACAUGAAUUCAGUGAGUGUGUAAAAUCUGAUGAAUCUAAUAAAAAUAAGGAGAAAGAUGUAGAAUCUGAAAUGACAACAGAGGCAUCAUUAAUAAGCCUAAAAGAAAAGUCAACAACAAAUGAAAUAUUCACAGUAAAUGAAAUUGAUCAAAAUAAAAAAACUUGCAACGAUAAUAAAGAAAACGUUAAAAAUAUGGAAGAUCCAAUUUUUAAAUUAACGGAUGGUAUUAAAGGCGAUGAUGAAAUAAUUGAUCCAAAAAUGCUAAGUUCUAAAUUUUUCCGCGCUCCAGAUUUCGACAAAUCAGUAGAAGAAGAAACUAAGACCUAUAAAGAACUUAGCAUUAAAGAAAAAAUAUUAUCGAGUGCGUCAAAAUUGAAGCCUAUGAUUAAAAGUUCUCCAGGCUGCAUGAUCGAUUUGACAAAUUCUGGUCCAAUCAAGGAAGGAGCUUCAAAAUUGUUAAAUAGAUUUUUAACUCGACAUACACCAACGCACAAAGCUACCGUAGAGAAAGUUGCAGAAGUGAAAAUUAUGCGAAUGGAAGGAGUUGGAGAUGAAAUAAAAAUUAUCGAAGAAAUUUUGCCAUUCAAAAAGACUGUUCUUGAAGACGAUAAAAGAGAGAGGCAACCUGGAGAUCGAUUAAAACUAAAAAAAGAUUUGAUGCUUCAAAUUGCUUCAGCCAGAGAGAAAGAAUGGAAACAUAAAGAAGAGGCUAAAUAUGAAGAAGAGGAGGAGGAAUUCAAAUGUAGGGGUGAUGAUUUUUACGAAGGUCUGCCCGAUGAAGAGGAGCUAUUGGAAGACGAAGAAAGUGGAGAAAGUGAGCCAGAAGAGGAUGAUAUGCCUAUUAUUGAAAAACCUAGACGCAAGUGUGAGUUUGGCGAUGAGGAGGCUGAAGAAAGCGAUGUAGAUGCCGAUGAGAAGGCUGAAGAAAGUGAUGUAGAUGCCGAUGAGGAAAAUGAAGUCAAUGAAGAGAAUGAUAUUGAAGAGGAAGAGAAUAGUGAAUCAGUUGAGGAAGAGUCAGAAUCGGAGAAAGAAGAAUCUCAACCUUCUCAGAACCCAAAAAGACUGAGAAGAAUAAUCAGUGCAUUUGAUGAUGAUGAUUCAAGUCAAUCAGAAUCUAAUUCGAAUCAUAAUACAAACCAUAAAACAUUUCUUGAGCGGGCGAAAACAGAUGAAGAUAUGUUCGCCUCGCAGGCCAGCAGUGAUUAUCCAAAUGCAGAUAUCGAAGUGGAGACUAUACCACCUUUUCAAUUUCGUGAAAGAUGUGAUUCUGACUCCCGAAGUCAAGUUUGCAAAACACCCCUUCCAAAGUCAAAUAAUAUUCUCAGUAUGAUUUCACCUGUGGCCCAGCUUACAGCACUCAAUACUUCGCUCGAAUCUGCAAAAAAAUCAGCUUCAAGGACAAACAAUUUUGACCUCAGUCAAAUCUCUUCGCAAAAUACUCCUACGGAUAACGGCAGUAGAAUACAAAGUAACUGUAACAUGGAGAAAAUGGUUAGUCUACAAAAAAAGUUAUUUGAAGAUCCUCCCGAUUCUGUCAACGAAUAUGAGCUACUCGCAAUUUGCUCAGGUAAAUUCACGGAUACUCAAAGUUCAGGAGCACCUGCUAUUAGCACAGAAAAUGGUGUCACUGAUUCGCAGUUAAUGGAGAUCUGUUCUGGGGCAUUUGAUACUCCAGCAUUUGAGUCGAAGAAACCGGAUGACACUGUAUUGAUUGGUGAUGAGACAUCUCAAGACAUAACUUUAGCAAUAGAGGACGACGAAGAAUCUAAAACUAGCCCAUCAAAGCGAUCAUCAUCUUUGAAACGCAGUGACGAGUCGAUGUUUAGCAGUGACUCUAGCAAAACGUCAAAGUCUUCUUCCAUUGAUAAAAAUACCUUCAAAAAUCCAAUGGAUGCUUGGUUGAAAAAAGCAGAUGCCAAGCCAACGCAACUUCAAACUCAACAUAAAGAAAAGGAAGUGACAGAUUCCCAACUGAUGGACCUAUGUUCUGGUGACUUUACUUCGCAACCGAUUGACAUGAAAAAAUUGGAAGAAAAUGUUGAGUCGAUGAACCAUGACGAAGUGUCGCAAAAUUUCAAGCUUACAGUCGAUGAUAACUCUAGCAGUUUUCUCAAAGAGAUCAUGGUAGACACAAAAGAACAAGAAGCGGCGUCCUUAAAUACGAAAAUCGGAAUGGAGCAAUCAAAGCUUCCGCAAGCAGGAAUGAGGAUAGCUUCGUCGUCUGAAGACGAAGAUAGCAAUAAAGCAAAGGAGAAAGAGUCGAAGAAAAAAGUAUUCAAAAAAAGGAAAGUAGCGAAGCUUCAACUAUCAGACGAUGAAAACGACGAUCUAAAAGAAUUCUCCGAUUACGAAGGAAGCGACAUUAAGGAGUACGACGAGGAGAAAUUUGUAGACUAUGAUUCCGAAGAAAAUGAAGUGAUUGUCGUGCCUAAAAAAGAGAUAAAGAAAGUGGCGAAGAAGUUCCUUGAAAACGAAGCCGAACUGAGUGAGAGUGAUUGGGAUUCAGCUGAUGAGGAUGAGCGAGGCUUGGAUAAGCUUGAAUACGAAGAAGGCGAUGCUGAAGAUAUCGACGAAGAAAAAAUGAAAAAUGAAUUAGAUCGCAUUCACAUGAAACAAGUAAUGGACGAGGAUCAAAGAAAUGUGAGAAUGCUCCAAGAGCUCUUGUUCGAUGAUGGAGAUUUGCAUUCCGAUGGCGCUGGUCGUGAAAGGAAGUUCAAAUGGAAAAAUAUUGAUAAUAUAGGUACAAGUGAUUUUGAACCUAAUAAUGCUGAUGAUCCUCAAGUAAUUGAUGAUGAAGUUGACGCUGCUGCUGAAAUUCAAAUGCGAAAAAUGAGAUACGAAAAACUGAAAUUCCAGGAGGAAAAACAACAGAAUAUUUGUAAAGUUUUGGAUGAUGAUUUUGGUGAAAGUUCACUGUCUAAAUCUGGCGUUAAAAUUGUUAGUAUACGUGCAAAUAAAGCGUCGUUUGGAGAAAACAAAAUGAAUAAAGCCAAUUCAGUCGAUAAUUCUAGCAAUACUGUUACAAAAAAUAUAAUGAAAUUCACAAAAAAAUCGGCGGCGACUAGUUUUCCUUUUUCCAAUAUGCGUGGUUCUUUCUUAGCAAGAGGGGAAGAAACAUUAGUGAGGAUAGCACAAAAUUUACCUGAAAAUGAAAAAGUUACAGUAGGCUCUUUACGCCGUAAAAAGUUCGUUUUUGAACACUUGAGCCCUUCUGUAUCGGAUGCACCAAAAGACGACUCGGAGCAGGAAAAUGAUAAUACACCAGCCAAAGAUAAAAAAGGAAACGCUCGUAAACGGAAAAUAUUUUCAAGUCAAACGCCAAGAAGUACAAAAAAAGUGAAGGUCGACGACCGGGCACCUGGAAAAAAACUGUUUUAGUCUAAGAUAAAUGUUUUAUGUGAACAAAUAUUUGUAAAUAAUCGUUAGAAUGUAGAAUUUUUAAUUUCGUAAGGCACCGUGUGCAAAUAGAUGGAAAAUACUUGUAAUGAAAUGUUAAGACGUCAGAAUAUUUUUUAUAAAGGUUGAGUGUAACAGAAAAAAAUAGCUAGGAAAUAAUAGUUUUUCGACAAAUGAAUUCCUGAGGAAGGAAAAAUAAA